CAGCUCAGACAGCCUCCGACGAAAACUCAGAGACACACAGACAUGGCGGAAGAAGCACCAGCUGUAGCUGCCCCGGCUAAGGCCAAAGCUGCGAAGAAAAAGACUCCUGCCCGCAGUAAGAAGACUGGACCCACGGUUUCAGCGAUGAUCCUCAGCGCCGUGGCUGAGGCCAACAACCGCAAGGGGAUGUCACUGGCUGCUCUUAAGAAGGUUUUGGCAGGUAAAGGCGUCGAUGUGAUAAAGGCAAACAAACGCAUCAACCUGACUGUGAGCAGGCUGGUGGCAAACGGCAAACUGGUGAAGACCACAGGAACAGGAGCCUCCGGGUCUUUCAAGCUCAACAAGGAGGCCAAAGCGGCCAAACCUGUCAAGAAAGACGUCAAGAAGAAGAAAACCCCGGUUAAAGCCAAGAAACCCGCUGCCAAGAAAGCCCCAUCAACUCCCAAAAAGAAGGUGGUUAAGAAGACCGCAAAGAAGAAGACCCCAACCAAGAAGGUUGCCAAGAAGCCUGCAGCAAAAAAAGCCGCAGCUGCUACAGUGAAGAAGGCUGCAAAGAAAGCUGCCCCAAAGAAAACAGCUGCAAAGAAAACUCCCACAAAGAAGGCUCCAGCAAAGAAAGCGGCCCCAAAGAAGUCCAAGAAGUAAAGUGGUUCAGUCUAGCACACAGUGCACCAAAGGCUCUUUUAAG